AUGCUAACCAAGUUUGAGUCCAAAUCGGCGCGGGUGAAAGGUUUAGCCUUUCAUCCGGUGCGUCCCUGGGUAUGUGCAUCUUUGCACAAUGGUGUAAUUCAACUUUGGGAUUAUCGAGUAGGCACCGUCAUUGAUCGAUUUGAAGAGCACGAAGGUCCGGUCCGUGGUGUCGAUUUCCACGUCUCGGAGCCGUUGCUCGUAUCCGGCGGUGACGACUACAAAAUCAAGGUCUGGGAUUACAAGCUCCGUCGUUGCUUGUUUACCCUACUGGGACAUUUAGACUACAUUCGGACGGUUCAAUUUCACAGUACGUUUCCCUGGAUAUUGAGCGCGUCCGACGAUCAAACGCUGCGUUUGUGGGAUGUUGAUCGUCGCACCUGUUUGAGUGUCUUGACCGGACACAAUCACUACGUUAUGUGCGCGAGCUUCCAUCCCACCGAAGAUCUCAUCGUGUCAGCGUCGUUGGAUCAGACGGUCCGGGUGUGGGAUACCACCGGUCUCCGUAAGAAACAAACGGGUGAGGCCAGUGGUGGGGGACACAUGGAUGGAUCCAUGCGUCCGCCGUCCACCGGACUUAACGUGCAAGCCGAGCUGUUCGGAACCAACGAUGUUGUCGUCAAGUAUGUACUCGAAGGUCAUGACCGAGGCGUUAACUGGGCGUCCUUCCACCCUACUUUGCCACUCCUCGCCUCGGCAGCGGAUGAUCGACAGGUCAAGUUGUGGCGUAUGAGCGAAACCAAGGCCUGGGAAGUCGAUACCCUCCGGGGACACGCCAACAAUGUGUCCUGCUGCUUGUUUCAUCCCAAACACGAUCUUGUCGUCUCCAAUUCGGAAGAUCGCUCGAUCCGUGUUUGGGAUGUCAGCAAACGUGUCGGCGUCCAAACCUUUCGCCGUGAAGGCGAUCGCUUUUGGAUUCUCGCCGCGCACCCGACGCAGAAUUUGCUCGCGGCCGGACACGAUUCCGGUAUGAUCGUCUUCAAAUUGGAACGGGAACGUCCCGCUUCGUGCUACGGACCGACUUCCCAGCUCUACUACGUACGCGGUCGGGAACUUCUCCUGCACGACUACGGACGCGGUAGCACCGGAGUCGACGUUCCCAUUACCAGUCUCCGCCGUAUGGGAACGCAGGCUCAAACGGACGGUAUAGGCUCAGCCCCGCGAUACCUUACCUACAAUCAUCACAACCCGUCCGAAGGGAAUAUUUUGGUCACUUCGGAUGUCGACGGGGGUUCCUACGAACUCGUUACCUUCAGUUUGAGCAAUGCGAGUGGUUCCGUCACGGACGGAAAACGUGGUUCCUGCCUUGGGCCAGGUGUUUUUUUGGGACGCAAUCGCUUCGCCAUUCUUGAUCGCCAGCGACAAAUUGUAAUCAAGAAUCUACAAAAUGAGACGACCAAACGUGUUCAACCACCUGUUCCCAACGUGGACGGACUGUUGGACGGUGGCGCUUCGGGUCGCGUAUUGUUGCGCGCCGAAGACCGUGCCAUUCUGUUUGAAGUCCAAUCCCGACGCGUGCUGGGAGAAAUCACGGCUCCCAAGAUCAAAUCGGUUGUCUGGAGCCCGGAUGGAAGCAAAGUGGCCAUUGUCUGCAAGUACGGUGUCGUUAUGGCGGAUCGCAGCCUCGAGCAGUUGUGCUCAAUUUCGGACAACGUCCGCAUCAAGUCGGGUGCGUGGGACGUCAGUCCCACGGGCGGCACGGCCUCGGAACUAUUUGUCUACACCACCCUCCAUCACGUCAAGUACUGCUUGCCGUCGGGAGACACUGGUACGAUCCGUACGCUAGAUCAACCGCUCUACGCGCAGCGUAUCGUCAAGGACCAGCUUUUCUGUCUCGAUCGCGAAGCCCGACCCCGCAUUCUGAGUCUCGACACGACCGAAGCCCUCUUCAAACUGGCGCUGUCGCAGCAAAAGUACGGCAAAGUUAUGCACAUGGUCCGUCACUCUCGCUUGUGCGGGCGCGCCAUUGUUGCUUAUUUGCAAAACAAGGGUUUCCCGGAAGUCGCAUUGCACUUUGUGCGGGAACCCCGGACCCGUUUUCGCCUCGCCUUGGCGUGCGGAAAUAUUGAAGCCGCCAUGGAAUCAGCCUUUACACUGGAGCAAAAAGCUCAAGCGGAAGGCAAGGAUACCGGACGAGACGUUUGGGGCGAAUUAGGCAGUGAAGCGUUGCGUCAAGGCAAUCACCAAGUUGUCGAAAUGAGUUAUCAACGCACGAAAGACUUUGACCGCUUGUCGUUUUUGUACUUGAUUACCGGUGAUACAGACAAGUUACGCAAAAUGCUCAAAAUUUCGAACAUGCGUCAAGACAUUAUGGGUCGCUACCACAAUGCCUUGUUGUUGGGCGAUGCAGCCGAGCGUGUGCACGUCUUGGAGGAGUCGGGAAAUUUGCCGCUCGCCUACAUCAGUGCAACCUUGCAUGGUUUGAUGGAAGACGCGGACCGGAUCAAGAUUACUAUCGAAACAAAUGGUGGCAGUGCUGGGGAUAGAAAGACACACUGUUUGCUGCAACCCCCCACUCCUAUCCUCCGCGCCAACAACUGGCCAACACUCGAGGUACAAAAGACGACUCUUGAAGACCUAUCGGCAGCCGACGGUGAAGCUCACGAAGAGGACGGUGGUGAAUAUCACGAUGCAGCAGCUGCGGCAGCGACUGAGUUGGGUACGGAAGAUUGGCAAGACGACGACGAGGAUAUGGGUAUGGGUACCGGCGCCGCGGCAGCGGCUGCUAAUGACUUGGACUUUGGUGCCGACGACGAUCUCGGCGACUGGGGCGACGAUCUGGAUGAACUCGGCGACCUGGGUGAACCGUCACAUCGUGAGGCUGACGAAAUGAUAGACGUUUCGGAAGUCGGAGAAGUUGGUGACUUUGUUAUGCCUACUUCUGGACGCCCUCCUGCUGGUUGUUGGGUAGGCAAUAGUUCACACGCGGCCGAUCAUCUGGCAGCCGGAGCUGCGUCUUCAGCGUUACAAUUAUUGAAUCGUCAAAUUGCGGCGAGCGAAUUCGCUCUACUCAAGUCAAAUAUGAUCGCUUGCUAUUUGGGUUCCAUGACGAGCGCUCCUGGUGUUUCGGGCAGUCCGAGCAUGUCCAUUCCGUUGCUACGAAAUGAUGUUAACGGACAUCCGGGUGCGGAAAGUCUGCCUCGUACACCCUUGACUUUGAAGCAAACGGUAGCCGGGAUUCGCAAUGGAUAUCGCUUCUUCCAGGGUGGAAAGUUCAACGAGGCCAAGGCAGCUUUUGUAUCAGUGUUGGCCGAAAUUCCGCUUGUAGUUACCGGCAACCGGGCAGAAGGCAACGAAAUUAAGGAAAUGCUCAGUAUUUGCCGCGAAUACAUUACAGCAAUUCGGAUCAAAGCGGAAAUGGCAGCAGCUGCGACUGACCCGGUCCGCUCCACUGAGCUGUCAGCCUACUUUACUCACUGCAACCUGCAACCGGUCCACUUGCUGCUUGCUCUUCGUGCUGCCAUGGGAACGGCCUUCAAGAACAAAAACUUUAUCGUGGCUGCCAGCUUUGCGCGUCGUUUGUUGGAGCUUCCAGACAUGAGUAACGAACGCAAUGCAGAAUUGCGAGUCAAGGCAACUAAGGUGUUGCAGAAGAGCGAGCAAAUGGCCCGAAAUGAGCAUCAGCUGAACUAUGACGAAACGAAGACAUUUGCGAUUGACUGCAAAGACUUUGUCCCUAUUUAUUCGGGCGACAGCUCGACGCAGUGUUCAUACUGCGGAUCUUCCUACGCGGACGAAUCUAUGUCGCACAGUCUGUGCUUAACAUGUGGAUUUUGUGCUGUCGGGAUCCAAACCAUCGGGCUCGUCACUGGAUAAAUUUCUGCCGGAUGUUCUACUCUAUGUUGGCAUAUCUACUAAUGCAAGUUUUAAAUUC